AUGCUGCUCUUCAACCCCCAGGAGACCUGGAAGCCAGCAGGCUUUGCCAUAGAGAAGGAUUCCAGGAUGACUGGGUAUGAGGAUGGAGUGGAUAAAGGAGAUGAGUGGAGCUUAGGAGAGUUCUCAAAUGAAAUUAUCAGUGAGAAGGAUACUGAAAACAUGUUUUUCACCGAUAUGGAAGAAACCCUUCUGAUGAGCCUACGGUCAGAGCCGGAGACAGAUGAGGAGAACUCCAAGGAAACUGAGCUCAAAAGACACAGCAGUAGCUCUGGAUCAGGGGCCUCUCCAGCAGAUGAGGGCAGUGUGACUCCGGAAAAGAAGAAACGGAGGGCGUCUGACCACUGCCGCAGCAGCGAGAGCCCGGGGACCGCGCCCGCCCGCCCCGGGAGACGCUGGGCGCGGGGCUCAGGGCGCAGCAGGCGGGGCAGACACAGCCUUCGGGGAGACCGGCCGCCUCCACUUCGGAAGGCACUGGUGACCACCCUGCGCGCCCUGUCUGAGGCCAUCUAUCAGGACGUCGCUCAGGUGUGCGAGCUGCAGAAGCAUUCCCCGCUGACCUGGGAGGAGCAAUUCGGACUCCGGCAGCUCUGGGGGCCUCUGUACUCGGCUUUGCAGACCAUCUACACCAUGGCCAACCAGGCGGCCUACGCCUUCCCGGCCGAGAGCUGGCUCCUCCCAGGCCCGCCGCCGGGCCCCGGGCCCCAGGCUCCAGAUGCGGAUGGACGAGAAGCCCUGGGCUCCCCGGGGUAG